GUUUGGAGCCCGCACCAUCGAGCUUCAGUUCAGAAGGUACCUCCAACGCAGAUUCCAUUAUAGGUAGCUCGUGUCGAAACGGCUCAAGUGAGGCAAAGUGAAGAUAAGAACCAUGAACCUCAUGCAUCUCCUAUCCACGAGGCUGAUGUCGAAUGGUGUGACCUCAGUCAAGAACUCGCUUCAAAGUUGUCUCCAAGCAUUGUCUCCCUUGCUUCAUUUGAUGGAGAGGCAUUGCAAUCUGAAUGCACAGGCAUGGUUAUUCACAGCAAACUGCCUUGGGCCUCUUUUCUGACCACGGGAAGUUUGUUUGGAUCAGUAGGUUACAAACACUGGAGCGCAUUGACGAUCAAGGUGCGCCUUCCAAAUGGCAAAGUGGUAGAUGGGUGGCUCAACUAUCAUUCGUCCUUUUGCGAUCUCGCCGUUGUCGGCACCAAUUCCUUGCUGCACUUCCUGCGCUCACAUAAUCUUCGUGUAGCAUGUCUCGAUGACAACAUGCAAGUUGAUUCGGUGGCCGGGGUAUUAGCUGUAAGGCGGUGCUUCGACUCAGGCAAAUUAGUGUACACCAGAGGGUCACUGACUGGUGGAAUUCAAAACGAAGAGCUUAAUUUGCCACUGACUGGUGCAAUUCAAGACAAAGAGCUUAAUUUUUCCACAUGCAAAAUCACCGAGGCUGCCAGUGGAGGACCACUUGUUGAUUGUGAUGGGAAUAUUGUUGGAAUGAACUACUAUGGCGGGAAAAUAACUCCAUUCCUACCAAGUAAUCUAAUUUUUGACCUCCUUGGGCUUGAGAUGUUCUGGGCUGCAAGUGAAGAAGAUCAUCGCUGUACAGAUGAGACAGAAGAAUCUUAUAGCGACAGUCCGAAAGAACUCACUGACGACCAACUUGAACGUAUACUUGCUCCCUGGCCUGCUUCCGGUGAUGACUUUAAGGAUAGAGCAAAUGAGAUGCUAAGGACUGCUGGUCAUCCCUUGCCAAAGUUUGCUGAUGAUGGCAUGUACUUGAAAGAGGGUUUUGACGAUGAAUUCGGCAACGGUAAUUGGAGUGAACCAACCAGGACAGUUGCUUCAAAGAUGUCUCUAAGUGUUGUGGCACUUGCUUCAUUCAUCGUAGAAUAUGAUUCUACUGGGGAGCACGACAAGGAGAAAAGAAGAAAGCAUUUUGCUUGCACAGGUGUAAUUAUAGUGUGCGAUGGAUCCACUGCAAGAGUUCUGAUUUCAGCAAGUUUAGUUAGAACUUCUGGUGAAGAAAACAACAUUCAUCCUGGAUUGAAGAUUGAAGUGUGCCUUUGGAGCGAAAGACGUGUGGACGGGACAUUGCAACAUUAUGACUUGCACUAUAAUGCAGCUAUUGUCAGCAUCGAGGGUGCCUGCAGUUAUUGUGCGGCAAACCUUGAUGAACCAUCUAAAACUGAUGAGGUAGUAGCUCUAGGGCGCGCCUUCGAAUCAGGCGAGUUAAUGGCCACGAACGGGGCUGUGACUGGUGAAAGUAGCAGAUUUGAUUGCAAAGAGCUUCGGAUGUCCACUUGUACAAUUACCAAGGCUGGGAUUGGAGGGCCCCUUGUUGAUUUUGAUGGGAACUUUGUUGGCAUGAACUUCUAUGACAUGGAACAAACUCCUUAUCUGCCAAGGGAUAUAAUCCUGGAAGUCAUCAGGCGUUUUGAUGCAAAACGGACUGCUGCUGCUGCUGUCGAGGCUACAGAAGAGUCUGAAUUUCACAGCUGGCCCGUGCCCGACGCCUACUGGGUUUAUCCGAGUCGUUACCCCGAACCCCCGCGCCCUCCUGCAAGCUUUGAGUUGGAGUAAAAUACUAAAAUGUGUGUUUUAUUUUGUGCUUGUAUUUUGUUUGGCUUAGGAGGUGGAUGGUUUUGUCAGGCUUUGGAUGAUGGUUCUCAAGUGUUGUACUGCCGGACCC